UUCACAGGAGGCAGAAGUUCCAAUCCAGCAUGAGGUUCUUGCUGAUAGUUGGAAUUGCCCUUCUGGACAUCCCUAGGAGAGCAAGUGCUAUGAGCGAUAGUACUUCUGCUGGAAAAGUCACUGACGGCAGACAAGAGGCACUUGGAAGUUUUACAGAGGAUUAUUCUAGUGCUCAAUCAUCCAGUGAUGAAGAUAAAGGUUUAAGUAGCCUCUCGAGAAAUCUUGCUGACGAUUUCUUUGGAGGUGAUCCUUCUGUGCAUGAUUCGGGAAGGUCUGGAGGUGCCUUUGGAAGGUUUUUUGGUGCGUUCGAUGACAAAGUGUUUGGAAGCCCUUUUGACAGGGGAGCUGGAUCAUUUGGAGGUUCCAGCUCGUUCGAACCGGAGACAGGAGCUUCAGGAGGCAGCAACUUGUUUGGUGAAAAAACGAGACCUUUCAAACCUUCCCACGAAUCUGAUCAAGGAAAAGGAUCAUUUGGAGGUUCAGACGUGUUUGAACAAGGAGCAGGACCACAUGGUGAGUCCAACUCCUUUAAAAGGGGAACAGGACCGUUUGGAGAAUCCGACAACUUUAAACGAGGAACAGUAUCAUUUGGGGAAUCUGACACUCUCAAAACAGUAGCGGGAACAUUUGGAGAAUCCGAUUCUUUUGAGCGAGGAACGGGAUCGUUUGGAGAAACCGACAACUUUAGGCGAGGAACAGGAUCAUCUGGUGAAUCCCACGCUUUUAAGCAGGGAACAGGACCAUUUGGAGAAUCCAGCUCUUUUAAAAGGGGAACAGGGUCACAUGGAGAAUCUGGCACCUUUGAGCGGGGAACAGGAUCAUUUGUAGGCUUCGGAACCUUGAAGCCGGGAACGGGAUUCCCCUUUAAGCAGGGCACAGAAUCAUUUGGAGACCCCCACUCCUUUAAGCGAGGAACAAGAUUUGGAGGGUCCAGCACCUUGAAGCAAGGAACAGGAUUGUUUGGAGAAUCCUUUAAGCAGGGAACAGAAUCAUUUGGAGACCCUCACUCAUUUAAGCGGGGAACAGGAUUUGGAGGGUCCAGCGCCUUGAAGCAAGGAACAGGAUCAUUUGGAGAAUCCUUUAAGCGAGGAACAGGAUCAUUUGGAGACCCUCACUCAUUUAAGCGGGGAACAGGAUUUGGAGGGUCCAGCGCCUUGAAGCAAGGAACAGGAUCGUUUGGAGAAUCCUUUAAGCGGGGAACAGGAUCAUUUGGAGACCCUCACUCAUUUAAGCGGGGAACAGGAUUUGGAGGUUCCGGCACCUUUAAGCGGGGAAAAGGAUCCUUUGGAGAACCUGGCACCUUUCAGGGGGGAGCAGGAUCACUUGGAGAAUCGCGCCCCUUUAAGAGGGGAACGGAAUCAUUUGCAGAUUCGUUUGAAGACAGCAGUGAAUUCUUUGGAAGUUCAAAUGGAGAUGAUGACAUCUACGACGUGACAGACGGUGAUGAGGCUGAGGAAUCUCACUUUUUCGAACGAGAUCAUUUUGACGGAAGGAAGAGUGAGUCCUUCUCUGCAGGAGAAUUUCGUGGAAGGCCCUUUGGAAGCGACAUUUACUCCGCUGACAUCGACAAGGGAGACAUUUAUGACGAAAGGGGAAGUGACCCCUUCGCAAACGAAGGCCAUUCCGGAAGUUUCUUCAGAAGUGAAAAUCAUGAAAGUCGCGACGACAUCUAUGGUAAAAAGGAAGUGACUGAUGAAGAUAAUGGUAAAAGAAAGACCUAUAACGAGAGGACCCAUUUUCCAAGCUCCUCUGAAAGUGGAACGUACAAAGGAAACAGUGAUGGCUCCUACGCCGAUGAAAAAGUUCCUAGAAGUAUCUCAGGCAGCAGUGAUCCUUCGUCUUUUGUCAACUUCUCCGUUGGAAGAUUUGGGAGUAAAACUCCAAACUGAACUACGAAUGGAAUAUAUGUAUUCAAUUGUAUAGUAGAAAGUAGUCAUAUUUUGAUAUAACAUAUAUAGUAGGCAUUUUACUUAGCCAUUAAUACUUUUAUCGUUUUCUCCGCAGGCGGAUUCUUCAAAAGAUUUUAUAAACUGUUAUUUAACAAAUAAAAGUUUUAAGAAAGAUGACGAGCCUAUCAAAAUCAU